AUGUCUAAAAAGAAGGACGGUAGAGGCCUCACGAUCCAAGAUGGCGGCGGCGGUGGCGGCUCGCAUCCUGCACUUCCCACCCCCAGUAAGCAAACGGGGGACAGGAACAGGGAUGCUGCGGUGAGGCUGGAACGCUUCACCCGACACCCGGACACACCGGCCAAGGCACGCCGACUCUCCUACUCCGCAGACCGCGCCUAUAAGAGGGAUAUGGGGCCCGGCUCCCCACACAUCUCUGCCUCUGACUCGGAGGACCCGGAUGAUACCGCAGUGACUGUGAGUACAGUGCCUAAGACUCUGAAGGGCCCUAAAGCAUCUAAAACUAAAUCUAAGCCGAUUGAGCCUACCAUCUCAGAUGUUUUUUCGGCUGUACAGCUAUGCAACGCUGCGCUGACAUCUCUCACAGAUCAGGUGCAGGGGAUGAGGGCCGACAUAUCCUUCAUGCGCCAUGAUCUGCAGAAAGUGCGGGACCGCACUUCUGCCCUGGAGGGUAGGGUGAGUGGGCUGGAAGAUACUACGACCCCAUUGCUCUCUGAUGUGAAAACGGCAUUACAUGAUAUUUCUGCACACACCCUGAAAAUGGAUGAUGUGGAGAACAGGCUGAGACGCAACAAUAUCCGGGCUGUCGGCAUUCCGGAACGCACAGAAGGGGCUAAUGCCACUGACUACAUGGAAUCCUGGCUCUGUGAAGUUUUUGGGAAGACCUACUUGUCCCCUUUGUUUGCUGUGGAAAGAGCUCACAGAGUUCCCUCUCGCCCGUUACCACCUGGGAACCCGCCUAGGCCCAUGUUGAUCCGGCUUCUGAAUUACCGGGAUAAAGAACGUAUCCUGCGAAAGGCACGGGAUAUGGGGGAAAUCUCUCUGGCCGGCUCGAAGAUUAUGCUAUUUCCAGAUUUUUCGCAGGAGGUGCAACGUCGCAGAGCGAAAUUCAUGGAUGUCAAGAAGCGUCUCCAACAUCUCCAUCUGUCAUACUCCAUGAUCUAUCCUGCAAGGCUACGUGUGAUUGCUGCUGGAGAAACCCACUUUUUUGACAACCUCUCUCAAGCUUCAUCCUGGCUGGAUAAAUUUGACCGUUGGGCGGUUGAGGACCAUCGAUCCCAAUCGUUUCAAUACUAG